CACCUAGCUGAGCUCACUUCCUGCUUUGUUAAUCAAAGGGUUUGUGCGGAUUGUUUGUUGCUGCUGAAAGAACUCAGUUUGGGGAACCAUGGCGAAUUACACAAUUGAAGUCUUCAUGGGUGAUGCUCUCAAUGCAGGGAACGCCAACACAGUCUUCAUCAAUCUCAUUGGUACAAAGGAUAGUAGUGAACCACAAAUCCUUGGUCAUUCUGCAGAGAUGCUGUGCUGUUCAAAGACGCUGACUGUGUCUUGCAAAGAAAGUCUUCGGCCCUUCUUCCUGGUUCAGCUGGAGCUCAAGGCACUCGAGCUUGAAGAUCACUGGUUCUGCUCUAAAGUUAUCGUCACUGAUCCUGAAGGACGCCAGCGGCUUUUCCCUUGUUACCAGUGGUUGUCUCCAAAGAAGAAAACAAUUCUCAGAGAAGCUACAGCCAAGUUGAGCCACAAGGACACAGAGGAAAUGGCUGUUGGCCAUCGGCUUGAAGAUGUUGCAAAAAAAUGUGAGGACUUCAUAUGGAGUGUGUAUGACUCUGAAAUUCCUCACAUUGUACAGGUGGACUCAGCAAGUGGUUUGCCUUAUGAGGUUAGAUUCUCCUUCACGAAGGAAAAGGAGUUUCAGCACUCACAGUUAAACACUUCACUGGACUUAAAACUGAACAACUUUCAUCCCACAAACACAUGGAACAGUAUGGAGGAACUUGAGGAUGUUCAGUGGAACACGCCUUGGACCCAUGAAUACAUCAAGAAACACUGGAUGACCGACACGUUCUUUGGCUACCAGUUUCUGAAUGGCUCGAAUCCCAUGAUGAUCAAGCGUUGCUCAAAGCUGCCCAACAACUUUCCAGUCACUAAUGACAUGGUCAAGUCUGCUUUACCAAAAGAGAGCUCUUUGGAAAAAGAAAUGGAGAAGGGAAAUAUCUUCCUGUGUGACUAUGCAAGACUAGAUGGAAUUGUGGGAAAUGUGAUAGAUGGGAUUCAGCAGUAUCUGGCUGCCCCUCUUUGCUUACUCUUCAGCAAUCCUCAGGGCAAAUUGCUGCCCAUCGCCAUCCAGCUGAAGCAGAAGCCUGAGGCGCAGAACCCCAUUUUCCUCCCCACUGACUCCAAGCAUGACUGGCUUUUGGCGAAGCUCUUCGUGAGAAACGCAGAAUUUAACGAACACGAGCUGAACUUCCAUCUACUACGCACUCACCUGUUGGCUGAGGUCUUUACCAUGGCAACCCUGCGUGCCUUGCCCUCUGUUCAUCCCCUCUUCAAGCUUCUGUUUCCUCACAUUCGCUACACACUGCAAAUCAAUAUCAUGGCGAGGAAACAGCUGACAUCAGCUGAAGGAAUUUUUUCCACGAGCUGUGCUAUAGGUCUAAAAGGAAUGAUUACACUUAUGAGAAGAGCGACUGCCAGUCUGACCUAUAGCUCUCUGUGUUUGCCGGACAACAUCAAGGAGAGAGGCCUGGAGAACAUUCCCCAUUACUACUACAGAGAUGAUGGCCUCAAGUUGUGGAACAUCAUUCACAAGUUUGUGAACGGAGUGGUGGCACAUUACUACACCGAUCGUCAUGUCCAGGAGGACUCCGAGCUCCAGACAUGGCUGACGGAGAUUGUAGAACAUGGCUUUCUGAAAAAUGACAACAGUGGAAUCCCCAAGUCCUUCCAUACAGUGGCUGAACUCGUCAAGUUUGUCACCAUGUUGAUCUUCACAGUAUCGGCCCAACAUGCUGCAGUCAACAACGGCCAGUUUGACUUUGGAGCUUGGAUGCCCAACUUUCCCAGCACUAUGACGACUCCUCCUCCCACCACAAAGGGACAAGCAACGGCAGACUCCAUUCUUGCGGCUUUACCUAAUGUCAAGCACACACUUAAAAUAAUCACUGCCUUAUACCUGCUGAGCAAGAAGUCCUCAGAUCAUUAUCCUUUUGGAUAUUACCCGGAGGAGCUCUUCGUCGAGGCUGUGCCCCUUCAGAAAAUGGAACAGUUCAGGCAAGAUCUGAAGGCUCUCGAGGGUGAAAUAGAAGCAAGAAACAAGAAUCUUGAGCUUCCGUAUGAUUAUUUAAAUCCGAAGAAUGUGGCUAAUAGUGUAGACCUGUAAGAAAAUGGAUAAUCAAUCUGCUGAAAAGAUUCUGAUUGCACUCCAGAUUUUCAAGUUUGUAGUUUCUGAUUGUUUUCUGCCAUUUAUUGUCUGCAGAAUUAUUCUUAAACACUGCAACUAAUUAGUAAAGUCUAGUGAUCAUUUAGCAUUUAGAAAUGAGGUAAUGAAUUGUUAGCCAGGUUUGGGGUGGUACAUACAAUCUGUCUUCUUAUGAUGCAUAAGUUGUAAGCAUGAACCUCUGACUGCAACAAUAAAGUUACAUGCAUGCAAUACA